UUUCAGCAUAAAAUCGUUAUAUGUAUGUUUUAUAUUUAAUUCAUUUCGACAAAACUUUAAUGAUAUUACAUUACUUUUGAGGCAAUAUUCGAACAGUGAACUUACAUUUCAUGUGCUGAUCUUAAACAGUUGAUUUUGAAAGAGGACAAUUCCAUAACUAAAAUGACCACCGUCAGUAAAAAUAUAGAAGACCCUGUUUAGUUAUGGUAUUCAGAGCUACUUCAGAUGUUUAUGUGCCAAAAUGAACCCAGUUGAAAAUAAUAAAAGAAUGAAUACGAAAUUGGAAUAUUCAGAGUAUGUAGAUUUAUUGAAUGAAAAAACCGAAAAACGAAUCGAAAGGUCUAAAUAUCUAACUUAUUUUAUGAGCAAAAUUUUGGGACGCUCAGUUAUAUAUUCCGGAAGUAAGUCAGAGGGUAUGCAAUGUGCACAGUCUGACACUGAUCUAAUGUUUGAAGCUCAAGGAGUACAGGUAAAUGCGAUAUCACAUGAAACAGACCUGCCUGAUACCACAACACAUGUGUUCAUGGACCUCACAGGUGUUCAUCCCGGUUAUUCAAAACUAGUUUUUCGAAAAGAUGAGAAUGCGAAGGAUAUAAGCGAGUUUGCCAUAUAUGGUAGUGGUUUAAGUUCCUUAUGUCAACCCGGAUCUAACUUUAUAUCAAAUACUUUAAUAUUAGAUUACUUGAACUCGCAUGUAGACCGCAUUCUUCCAAAACAUGGACAGCCAAAUGACACGCGUUUUCAUGGCCCGUGCGUCUUAAUGUCUUAUGCUGCAAUGACGAUACAAUCAGAUGUUGAUGCCACUGUUUCCUUUAAAAGCGAGUGGCCUGUUAUAGCAGAGGAAUGGAUGAGUAGAGAACGAAAAUACGGCUGGCCUGCAAAAGAAUUGCGUGCUAAAAUAAAGUCACUUGGUAUAAAUUUUGUUCCUGUAGGACAUGCCAGUUCAUCAAACAAGGAAAUUGAAUGGAGACUGUCAUUUUCGAAAGCCGAGCGACAACUAGUUUGGUCAUUUAAUCCGACCCAGCGAAUUUGUGUACGCAUCAUGAAAGUCUUCUUUAGCAAUAAAAUCACCCCGAGAUUUCCGGAUUUGUUUCCUACAUAUUUCAUUAAAACGACAAUGUUUUGGCUUUUAGAGGAGACUGAUGGUAAAGUUUGGAAGCCCGAGAAUUUACUCUUUUGCCUGAACGCCCUUCUGAAUAGAUUGAUAAUGUCUCUAGAUGCAAAGAAAAUGAAAAAUUAUUUCAUGCCAGACGACAAUAUGAUGGACACAAAGCCAACAGAAAAACUUGAUUAUCUAAAACAUGAGUUAGAAACAUACCGGAUUAACGGCGAUGAUAUGUGGAUAAAAUGUUUUGAUAUGGAAAUUUCUGACUUUUGCAGAAAUGAUAUAUACCAUCACCAUGUCGUAAUCAAUUGUCUAAGUUUCAGCCGCUUUUUAAUUUACAUUGAUAUGAAGGAUACAGACUUAGAGAUAUGCUUACAAAGAGUAAAGAACGCAGAAAUGAUUCUAGAAGGUCCUAACAUUUUUCCUGACAUGUGCACACUACUAGUUCGUGAAUUAAACAUCAUGGGUGCAUGCUUAAAAUUCUGCAAACUAUGUUCAAUAGAGAAACCGAAGUCUAAAGAUACCCUAGAAACAACAGAAACUGAAAUAAGAUCAGGUCUCGAUUUGAAUCUGGCAUCAGGUAAGCUGACACUUGGGACAUUUCUUUUUUGUACAAAACAGUAUGAAGAAACACUGAAAAUAGUGCAUGAGAUUGAGAAAAGUUUUACGAGACAGGUGAUACAUUAUUCAUUCUGGGAACGUUCCAAGAAACCAAAUGAUGACGAUUAUGAUUUAUCUAAGCCAAGAUGCUCACUGGAAGAAACCAUGAGGUUGUACAUCGCCUUAGAUGUUAUUUUACUUCCAAGUCUGAUUCAAAUGUACCCAGAAACCAUCCAAACAAUGCUUGCUGAACAGAACCGUGUGCUGUUUAUUCAUCCGUUGUUAUACGCCAAAGUUUUAAGCUUUCAUUGUCAGUUGGCAUUUAAAAACUUUGAAGAAUGUCGAAUAGCCGUGAAUGAUAUGAAAACAUAUGCAGCGGCUAACAAAGAAAUAAAGAAAACUGUGUCUGAUUUGUUACCUGUUUACCUGGCAGAACAGUGUUUACGCUUAUUAGGUUGUGAGACGAAGCUGAUGAAUUCAUCAGAACGGGAAAAUCAAGCUGACUAAAAGUGAAGAGUACAGAAAUAAACAGGGGAACCAGUAUGGUCCUAGGUCGCUCACCUGAGAAACACACCGUAACAGUUUUAAAAUGUUUGAUCUAGUGAUUUCAUGGAAACAAAAUAUUCUGGCCAAUUUUCAUCAAGAUUGGACCAAUAAUGUAGUGUCUUGAGUUUAAACAAGUGUUUUCUUAGAUUUGACCUAGUGACCUACUUUUUGACCCCAGUUGGCCGAUGAUGAAACUUGACCUGAAUUUUAUCAAUGCGAUCAUUCCGACCAAAUUUCCUGAAUAUGAAUUGAAAAAUACAGCUUCUAUCGCAUACACGCAUAUAUGUUUUUUGUUGAUUUGAUCUAGUGACCUAGUUUUUGAUCUCAGAUAAACGAUUUUCAAACUUUUCAUAGAUUUUAUCAAAAUAAUUAUUCCAAUUAAAUUUCAUGAAGAUCAAUUGAAAAAUACAGCCUCUAUCGCCUACACAAAGUUUUUCUUUGAUUUCACCUAGUGACCUAGUUUUUAAUCCCAGAUAACCCGUUUUCAAACCUGGCCUAGAUUUUGUCAAAAAAAUCAUUCUGACAAAAUUUCAUAAAGAUCAGUUGAAAUAUACAGCCUCUAUCGCAUAGACAAGGUUUUUCAUAGAUUUGACCUAGUUUCUAACCCAUAUAACCCAUUUUCCAACUUGACCUAGAUUUCAUCAAGGUUAUCAUUCUGACAAAAUUUCAUGAAGAUCAGUUGAAAAGUACAGCCUCUAUCCCAUACAGAAGAUAGACGACAGACAGACGAUAGACGACAUACGACGGACGCCGGACAUCAAUCCUUCACAAAAACUCACCUGAGCAUGAGCUUAAAAAUGGAAUAAAACUCUGAGGACAUUAGUAUUAUGUGACUGGGAUGCUAGCCCCGUAUACUAUACAUGUACUGUAAUGUUUCCUUAAUUUGCUCCUUGAAAUGGCUAAAAACUUGUUGGAUCGUCAAAAAGAAAGUACAAUGAACAUUCGAUUUUCCUUGUGUUACUGUGUUGUGCACUAGAGUAUCACAAGUUUAUAACUAUAAGUGCAUUUUUGUAUACAAGAGGGCCAAGAUGGCCCUAGGUCGCUCAUCUGAGAAACACACCAUAACACACCAUAACAGUGUAAACAUGUUUGACGUAGUGAUUAUAUGGAAAAAAAAUAUUCUGACCAAUUAUCAUUAAAAUUGGAACAAAAAUCUUAGUAUAAAGUAUAUAGUUUUACCCCAGAUGACCUAUAUUCUAACUUUACUUAGAAUUUAUCAAGGCUAUCAUUCUGACCAAAUUUCAUGAAGAUCAAUCGAAAAAUACAGCCUCUAUCGCAUACAAAAUGUUUCUCUUUGAUUUGACCUAGUGACCUAGUUUUUGACCCCAGACUACCCAUAUUCAAACUUGACCUAGAUUUCAUCAAGGCAACCAUUCUGGCAAAAUUUUAUGAAAAUCCAGUGUAAAAUGCAGCCCCUAGUGCAUACACAAGAUUUUUACUUGAUUUGACCUAGUGACCUAGUUUUUAAUCUCAGAUUACCCGUAUUCAAAGUUAACCUAGAUUUCAUCAAGGCUAUCAUUCUGACAAAAUUUCAUGAAGAUCAGCUGAAAAACACAGCCUCUAUUGCAUACACGAGGUUUUCUUUGAUUUAACCUAGUGACCUACUUUUUGAACCUAGAUGACCCAUAUUCAAGUACUACCUAGAUUUUAUUAAGGCAAUCAUUCUGACCUUAUUUCAGGAAGAUCAAGUGAAAAACACUGGCUCUAUCGCAUACACAAUGAUUUUUCUGUGAUUUGACCUAGUGACCUACUUUUUUAUCUCAGAUGAUCUAUUUUCCAACUCGGCCUAAAAUUCAUUAUUGUUAUCAUUCUGACUUAAUUUUAUGAAGAUCAAUUGAAAAAUACAGCCUCUAUCGCAUACUCAAGGUUUUUCUUUGAUUUGACCUAGUGACAUACUUUUUAAUCCCAAAAAACCCAUAUUCAAACUUGACAUAGAUUUCAUCAAGGCAGUCAUUCUGAAUAAAAUUCAUGAAGAUUGAUUGAAAAAUACAGCCUCUAUCGCAUACACAAUGUGUUCUUUUAUUUGACCUAGUGACCUAGUUUUUGACCCCAGAUGACCCAUAUUCAAACUCGGCCUAAAUUUUAUCAAGGCAAUCAUUCUGACUAAACUUCAUGAAGACUGAUUGAAGAAUACAAUCUCUAUCGCAUACACAAGGUUUUUCUUUGAUUUGACCUAAUGACCUAGUUUUUGAACCUAGAUGACUCAAUUUCAAACUCGGCCUAGAAUUCAUCAAGAUAAUCAUUCUGACCAAAAUUCAUGAAGACUGUUUGAAAAAUACAGCCUCUAUCGCAUACACAAGGUUUUUCUUUUAUCUGACCUAGUGACCUAGUUUUUGACCCCAGAUACGUUUUUUUUUAUUAUUUAUUGUUUUCCCUUCAUGUACAUCAUACAGACAAUAAUAAUAACGUUUACAUAAUACCUUUACAAUUUUACCAACUAGUUUUAUAUAUCGAAUAUAUGUCUACUUCUAUUUUUUCAUUUUUAUAACAUGAUGCUCAUAUACUAUCAUUUGUUUAAUGUACAUCAGGAAAUCUCUUUUGAAAUCUCACAUCAAUCUCACACCCACCCUCAAAGAUACACAUUCUCAUACAAACAACCUCCCCACGCAACCAUACACACACAUGUAUACAUAUGUGAUAUUAGCAGAUAUAGUGUUGUGUUGUGCAGUGAAAAAUCAGAAAAAUCGUUAAAAAAUCAUUAAAAAAAUGUAUAUCUUUUAACAUAGAAAUUACAAUAAGGAUAAAUUAUUCAAUAUGUUUAUGUUGCUAAAAUUUUAAAUAAUGAAAAUUCUUUAUGUUUUCAUGACACUUGUCAAAACUUUAUUGUUGUCUCAACUUUGACACAUUUAUGCACUUUAAUCUUUGAUAGUCCAGAAUGUGCUAAAAGGCUUCUAAAUCUAUUUGUGAUAGGGUCAUUGUGACUGACUUGAUAAUUUAAAUGUUAAGACUGCCUGACUGAUAAGGUGUUGAUUGCUGUCAAAACUUCUUAAUAUUUCAAAUACUUGAAAUUUUAUUACCCUGUAUGCUUUAUUGAAUUUGAUUGGUUUAUACUGUUAAUUACACUUACAAUAAGGAUCAUUUCAAUUGGUCAGUUAGGAUAUGCUGAGAAAAAAUAUAUUUUGAAGACAGCAAGUUUGGGAGAAUAGAUUUGGAUUUCCAAGUAGAAACAUCGUGGUUUUCCACUAGAACGCUAGAAUUGUUAAUACUUAAAUCUUUUUUCUAAUUGUUAUAUUCUACGGAUAACCGUGUGAAAACUGUUAAUUGUUGACUGUUGAUGUGUGGUUUUCCACAGAAGAAAAAUAAAGAAGAUAAUCUGGAACUGUGUGUUUUAUCAUUUGGACAUAAUAAGUAAUGCCUUAGUGCCAGUAACAUCAUAAUACCUUUAACAUUACAUCAUAUUUACGGCACUACACGUGGCGGUGAACAGUGGUCUUUCUCAACCUCUCAAUUAGCAAGCGAGAUACAAAAUUCCCCAGAGAAAAUGACAAUAAAAAUGUGCGGUGGAUUACCACUAAGAAAUUCAUGUCAACAGUGUGGACUUAAACACGAUAAAAAAUGUUAUGCUGAGACAGCAACAUGCAACAGAUGCAACAAAAUUGGACAUUACCCGAGAGUUUGUAAAUCUAAAGCAAAUGGACACACUUACAAAUCGGAAAAUUCAAAACAACGAGACAGAGAACGCAUGACUGCCUUUAUAAACAGGAAAACAGCAGAAACAUCAUUGCCAUUUUACCAUGCGGACAUUGACUUCAUCUUAAGCAGCCAGACGAAUUCCUCAAUACUAACAACUUCAGACAACUUCUCAAAGCAAAAUAAUCUGAGAACUCUAAAUGUUAAACUGGUCAAAAAGGUUUGUGACUUGCGUAAUCAAAAUGAAACAUUACAGAAGAUCGUCAAAGAAACACUUAGUGCAGUCAAUAUAUUUCAAACUGAAAACAAGAGGCUAGAGAAUCGUUUUAAGGAAGGUCAGACGGUUAUGCAGCAAAUGGUUAUUUCUAUGGCAACAACAAAAUCAGCACUUCAGGGUGAAAAAGAGGAAAAUCAAAAGCUGCAUAUCAAAAUUCAAGAACUCAAGAAACAAAUGGAAGGCAAUAUAAAUACAAGAAAUAAACAGGACUUAUUUGAAAGACAAAAGUAAAUGUAAAUUCCUUGUGCAAUAUAACUCAUACCUUUUAGCGGAUUGUGCGGCUACUUGUAUGCAUGUUUGUUUGUCUUUGAUACUUAUAUACAUUAAGUAUAACUUGGUAUUUAUAUAAGAACUUACGGUGCAUCUAACGUGGCUAGAGCAAUUUAGUUAUUAUUUAUUCAUUAUACUGCAUUUUGAAUUUCCCAUCUUACAAGACAAGAGUGACAUUAUUUUAAAAAGGAAGGUAGUGUUGUGUUGUUAAAAAAAAAUUUCAAUUAAUUCGGUAAAAUUUUAUGUAAAAUAAUGAAUGAAUUCUUUGUGCAGUGCGUAUUUAUAAAUUUCUGAUGCCACAUUUAUGCAGAGAUAUUCGUCUUUGUUGAUACUUAUAUACUUAAAGUAUAAUCUGGUAUUUAUACGAACUGUGUAUUUUUGGUUGAUGUAUUACUUAUGCAUUGUACUUUGAUUUUUUUUCAUUUCACAGGAGUGAAAUAUUUUUUAGGGGGGAGGUAGUGUUGUGCAGUGAAAAAUCAGAAAAAUCGUUAAAAAAUCAUUAAAAAAAAAUGUAUAUCUUUUAACAUAGAAAUUACAAUAAGGAUAAAUUAUUCAAUAUGUUUAUGUUGCUAAAAUUUUAAAUAAUGAAAAUUCUUUAUGUUUUCAUGACACUUGUCAAAACUUUAUUGUUGUCUCAACUUUGACACAUUUAUGCACUUUAAUCUUUGAUAGUCCAGAAUGUGCUAAAAGGCUUCUAAAUCUAUUUGUGAUAGGGUCAUUGUGACUGACUUGAUAAUUUAAAUGUUAAGACUGCCUGACUGAUAAGGUGUUGAUUGCUGUCAAAACUUCUUAAUAUUUCAAAUACUUGUAAUUUUAUUACCCUGUAUGCUUUAUUGAAUUUGAUUGGUUUAUACUGUUAAUUACACUUACAAUAAGGAUCAUUUCAAUUGGUCAGUUAGGAUAUGCUGAGAAAAAAUAUAUUUUGAAGACAGCAAGUUUGGGAGAAUAGAUUUGGAUUUCCAAGUAGAAACAUCGUGGUUUUCCACUAGAACGCUAGAAUUGUUAAUACUUAAAUCUUUUUUCUAAUUGUUAUAUUCUACGGAUAACCGUGUGAAAACUGUUAAUUGUUGACUGUUGAUGUGUGGUUUUCCACAGAAGAAAAAUAAAGAAGAUAAUCUGGAA